AUGAUGCAUUAUGUUAGUCGUCUUGGUCGCUCAUCCAAUGCGUCAUGCGGAAGCGUUGAUGAACUUGAUGCGUUCCUACGAAAAUAUAUCUGGAUAUUGAUUGAUAUAACCCGUUUUUGUGGACCCGUUCUUGCAGAGUGGUACUUCUCAAUUGUGCUGUCAUGCAGAACUGAUGGUUUCUCUUCAGAGUCGUGUACACGAAAACCACAUCUUGUUCCUCUGUCGACUUUGAAACGUGACGAAAUCGGUCAUUCGAUAUUGCAUUGCAAGGAGGUGCUACCUCGUGGUUCACCGAGAACUUCACAUGACGUUCUUGCUACUGGUGUUUUUGCGGCGAAGAUACUUUCUCUCUCCUCAUCGGCAGCCGGUGCAGUGAUGGUUCCUUUGAUAUCAUCAUAUUUAUGGGAGGCAGCCACUGAGAGACCAACAAUAAUGUUGUUUACUAUUGUAGCAAAUACUUUUCUGGCGCUGUUGUCGUUUACGCCACUGUUGUUACACUUUUUAACUAAGCGGUUCCCCGUUAAUCUUUACUACAACAGGGACACUAAGAUCUUUACUUCCGUGCACUACAACUUCUUCCUGAGAAAGAUGGCGUUGCGAUUCAAAGCAGAUGAGGUUGUAGACGCACAAAUUGCUCCUGAAAUGAAAAAGGUGUGGAUUCCUUUGGCGACGGCGCUUGUGCACAACAAGCCGCUGCUGAUUUCCCUCGACAGAAAUGCUUAUGUCGACAAGCUUGCAUUUGAUGAAAUGACGAAAAACAUUAAUAUUCCUGCAAACCAUGACUAA